AUGGCGAGCAGUUUGGUCCAAUGGGGUCUAUAUCGCUCCCUCAGGUCUCACAUUCUAGCAUCACCUACCUCUCAGAAAGCACCCGGAUCGAAUUCGUCAUCACCUGUUGCAUUGGCAUUAAAACCACUGGAAUUGUUCUCUGCAUCGAAACCUGGAAAGUCUGAUUCACACAGCCCUCGAUCAGAUGUGAUUCGUCAGUUCACACGCAGCUUUUUGUCUAUCUCGAAUCUUCCCAAUCGGAUACCUAGGACAACUUUGGUGCAAUUGGUGGUCGGCUUACCAGUCGUUGAAGUUGCAGAAAGCAUAACGCAGAAUCAUGUCAAAGCCUCAGAUGAUGUCGAUUUGUUGGCAAACUUUGUUGCUCUUGCAUGGAAGCGUAUACCACACCUGCCUGACGGUGUGAGUCUUAAGGUAUAUUUGCUAGCAUUGACUAAGCUGCAAGAUGGUAUUCCUCCUGGCGUUCUACGAACAUUUGAUAAUGACAGUAGUACUUCGAUCUUCGGUGUCGACGCAAGUGCUACCAAAUGGAAAGGUAAAGGCAAGGUUAACGCCGCAUCGAAUGCCCUUGAUUCUGCCACUCUUGCCAGAUUACAAAUCAUCGUUUCUCAAGAUCAUCUGAGUGCCUUGCUUACCGCUUCAGCAAAGCAUCCCACAAGCACUCGAGAGGCAUUGUGUGCAUUCUUGGCAUCGUCCCUUCAGUCGUGGGAUUCGCAGACGCAGGAGAAGAUUCUUGCAUGCGUCGCAUAUCGUUAUGGUGGCUCUGCUACAGCUUCAUCCUCUGCCCAAUCUCGAGCACCUUCUACACAUUCGAUCGGUGGUCUGGUGAGAGAGUUAUGGAGAGGUUGGAUCCGUGGAUCAAAGCUUGCCCGUGGAUUGUCGAAUGAAGCGCUGCAGGGCAGAAGGGCCUUGAUCACAAUCUUGAGUGAUGAAACAUUAAAGUCUGCAUGGCCUUGCUUGAUCGUUCUUUGUCAUUUGUAUUCGCGAUCUUUGCUCACGAUUGGAGACGAUGAAUUCUACCCGGACGAAGGCAGACACGCAACUAGCACAGCAGGCUCCAAUGCUUCGGGAAUGCGUAAUCCGCUCACACUGGACGAAGUCAUCACACUUUCUGGCUUAUUGAGGAAUCUUGCGUUUGCAAUGUAUUGGUUUGAAGGUACAGGUGGACCAUUAAACGAUCUCUCGCAUAAUAGCGUUGUUGGCAUGGGCAAGAUGGAUUUGCUAAGCUUGCGUGACACCGUCACAAGACUCCUGCAACAACUUCACCAACGUGACAGUAGACGUAGAUUUGCACCCGACAACCACUGGCUAAUGAACAGCGAGCUCGACUUGAACAGCUUCAUCCAAAGCGUCGUUAUGGAAGAAGAUGAAUUGAACAAGAAACAGGAUGAAGGUCUUACCGAUGGUGGGGAUACGAUGGACGUUGAAGAAGAUGAAGUAGAUGAGAUCGACAGGGAUGAUGAACCAAUGGAAGAAGAUGAGAAUGAUGCUUCAUCAGCUGAUCGUCCAGCGAUCUCAUCUCGAUUGGCGAACCAUAGACCUCUUGGAUCUCGUAAACGUGGUCUCACUGCACGAAGUUUGGCAUAUCUCUCACCUCGUCUAGGAGUGUUGAACAAUAUCCCUUUUGUGAUCCCAUUCGAAGUGCGAGUAGAGAUUUUCCAUCAAUUCACCGCUCUUGAUUACGAUCGAUUGCGCAGAUCUAGGGCGUACAACGGCCCUCUGCGUGAUAUCACAAUUCGACGUGGAAGCGUUGCCGAAGAUGGUUUCACACAACUCAAUGGUCUUGGAGAAAAUUUGAAACAUCGAAUUGCUAUCAGAUUCGUCGAUCAAUUUGGCAUAGAAGAGAGCGGAAUAGAUGGAGGCGGCCUGUUCAAAGAGUUCUUGACAAGUUUGAUCAAAGAAGCCUUUGAUACAGAUAGAGGUUUAUGGAGUGCAACAGACGAUCAACAGCUAUACCCGAACCCUCAUUCGUAUGCCAAGCAAGAUGACAACUUGCAGUGGUACAAAUUCCUUGGAAGGGUGUUGGGAAAAGCACUGUAUCAAGGUAUCCUUGUGGAUAUUAAUUUUGCCAGCUUUUUCUUGUCGAAAUGGUUAGGACGUGGACAUGGAUAUUUGGACGAUUUGAGCGGCUUGGAAAGUUUGGACAAAGAAGUGUACCGCAAUCUCUUGUGGCUCAAACAUUACAACGGUGAUGUAGAGAAAGACCUCACGCUUGAUUUCACCGUUGCAGAUGAAGAAUUUGGCGAGAAGCGAAUUCAUGAAUUGGUACCGAACGGUAGAAAUAUUCCAGUCACCCGGGAAAAUAGAUUGGAGUACAUUUACCGCGUAAGCCAUUACCGAUUGAACGAGCAAAUUCGUCAACAAUCUGACGCUUUCUUAUCCGGUUUGACGGAUUUGAUCGAUUUACGCUGGCUCAGAAUGUUGAAUCGUGAUGAGCUGCGAAUCUUGAUCAGCGGUACAGAAGGUGAUAUUGAUUUGAAAGAUUUACAAGCAAAUACUGUUUUGGGUGGCUAUCAUGAAAAAGAUCAAGUUAUGGACUUCUUUUGGCGUUCUUUGGAAAGCUUUACACAUGCUCAACGAAAAGCUUUUCUCAAAUUUGCCACAAGUUGCCCUUCUCCACCUUUGCUUGGAUUUCAACAACUUAAUCCCAAAUUCGGCAUUCGACAUGCUGGCGAUGAUACAUCCCGUUUACCAACCGCUAGCACUUGUGUCAAUUUGCUCAAACUCCCAAGGUACACUUCUUUCGAACAGUGUAGAGAAAAGCUUCUCUAUGCCAUCGAAUCAGGUGCGGGAUUCGAUUUGAGUUGA